AUGGCAGCAAUGACUUUAAUCCGAGGUCACGCCUCAAGCUUCGCGUGGAAGCCAUCCAAUAUGCCGGGAAUAGACCCUGAGGUGAUGACCCACAAGCUGAACGUUCUCCCUGGGGCAAAACCUAUAAAGCAAAAGAAGAGAGUGGUUGGGAAGGAAAAGCAGCAGGCUACCAGGGAGGAGGUACAGAAGUUAGAGGAAGCAAGAUUCAUAAGGGAAGUCAUGUACCCGCAAUGGUCGGAUGAGGAAAAGACUUCAUUCAUAACAGAGGAUGGAACCUAUUGUUACAAGGCCAUGCCUUUUGGGCUAAAAAAUGCGGGGGAGACGUAUCAGAGGCUGAUGAAUAAAAUUUUCAAGGGACAGAUAGGAAGGAACGUGGAGGUGUAUGUGGAUGAUAUGGUAGUAAAGAGUCAAACGUUUCAGCAACACUUGGUAGAUCUGAAAGAAGUGUUUGGGGUGCUGGAGCAAUACAGAAUGAGGUUGAACCCAGCCAAGUGUGCUUUCUUUAUCAGAGGGGAAAAAUUCCUAGGAUACAUAGUCAGCGGAAAAGGUAUUGAGUCAAAUCCAGAAAAAGUGGAAGCCAUACUAAAAAUGCCCGAGCUGACCUACUUGAGAGAUGUACAGAGGCUCACAGGCAGGGUAAUAGCACACAACAGAUUCAUGUCAAAAUCAGCAGAGAAAUGCCUGCCAUUCUUCAGGAAGCUAAGAAAAGUCCCAGACUUUGAAUGGACUGAGGACUGCCAGCAAGCUUUCAGAAACCUUAAGCAGUACCUCAGUUCACCACACGUACUCAGUAGUCCCAUAGCUGGGGAGGAACUUCUUAUUUACUUGAUACUUAAACAUAGAGAAGCUGGCAUACGCCUUGUUGCUGGCAAUAAGAAAAUUCAGGGUAUACCUGGAAAGCCAUCAAGGAGUGAGUAUCGACCUCAGAAAACCAUCAAGGCCCAAGCUCUCGCUGACUUUUUAGCAGAGUGCUCCUUCAAUGAAGAACAAAUGAAACCUGACAGCAUAACAGAGGAAGGGAAGGGGGAGCAGCUCGUGCAAAAGUUCAGCUGGAAGCUGUACGUAGAUGGGGCAUCUAGUGGUGGAGGCUGUGGCGCAGGAAUAAUGUUGAAAGGACCCGGAGAGUUCAAAGUUUGUUAUGCCCUACGAUUAGAGUUCGGUGCUUCCAAUAACGUGGUAGAGUAUGAGGCCUUAAUAAAUGGGAUGUUGAUAGCAAAAGAAGUAGGGGUGAUCGACCUCGUAAUAAACAGUGACUCCCAACUGGUAAUCAACCAAGUGACUGGAGCAUACCAAGCAAGGGAUCCCACUAUGCAAAAGUACCAAGCAAAGGUAAAAGCUGUAGAAACUGAGCUCGGCGAGCAAGGAGUUACAGUGCGGUAUCAGAGAAUACCUAGAGAAGAGAAUGGAGAAGCAGACUUGCUCAGCCAUCUGUCUAAAGAAGAAUUGGAACAACUCCCAUACAAGGUGUACAUACAGCACAUCAGCACCCCUGCCUAUGAGAAACCCGCCGAAAUAAUGGAAAUUGGAGAAGGAGAGAACUGGAUGACCCCAUACCUGGAAUGUUUAGAAAAGGGAAAACUCCCUGAAGAUAAAGCUGAGGUAAGGAAAAUUGCAGCCCGAGCCGCCAAUUACCAAGCAGUAAGGGGAACCCUGUACAGAAGGGGGAAAUCUAGCCCAUGGCUACGAUGUGUAGGCCCAGAAGAGGCAACCAGGUUCAUGGAAGAGAUCCAUCAGGGAAUGUGCGGAGCACAUGAAGGAGCAAGGACGCUGGCGAACAAAGUUUUCAGGCAGGAAUACUACUGGCCAACAGUUAAGAAAGAGACAGAAGCGUUUGUCAGAAGAUGUGACGUAUGCCAAAGGUUAGCCAACGCAAUUAACGUCCCAACCACUCCUCAAUCCAGCAUAUCCAGCCCAUGGCCGUUCUGGCAAUGGGUUGAAGCAAUCCCCACCAUCAUAGCCAGAAAAAUGAUAGACUUUAUCUGGGGCAACAUCAUCUGCAAGUUUGGAGUACCGAGAGUACUUAUAUCAGACAACGGCAAGCAGUUUGACUGCAAGGCAUUCAAGGAGUUCACAAGAAACAUGGGCAUAUGGCACAAGUUCUCCUCAGUGGCCCAUCCUCAAACCAACAGCCAGACGGAGGUUACAAAUCGAGCUAUACUCCAGGGAUUGAAAAAGCGACUAGAUGGAGCAAAGAAGAACUAG